CGUGGCCGGGCGGCGGGGGAGGCUGUUUAAAGUGGCGCCUGCGGGAUGGCGGAGCCGGCUGACUAUCCCCCGUUCCAGCUGGGGAAGCCCCGCUUCGAGCAGACUUCAUUUUAUGGCAGAUUCAGGCACUUCCUGGACAUCAUCGACCCCCGCACUCUCUUUGUGACUGAGAGUCGCCUGAAGGAAGCAGUGCAGCUGUUGGAGGAUUACAAACAUGGGACUCUGCCCCCAGGAGUCACCAACAAAGAGCUGUGGGGAGCUCAAAAAAUCAAGCAGGCCAUCAUCCAUCCCGACACCAACGAGACCAUCUUCAUGCCUUUCCGAAUGUCAGGUUACAUUCCUUUUGGAACACCCAUCGUUGUUGGUCUCCUCUUGCCCAACCAGACGCUGGCAUCCACUGUGUUUUGGCAGUGGUUGAACCAGAGCCACAACGCCUGCGUCAACUAUGCAAACCGCAACGCGACAAAGCCUUCUCCGACAUCCAAGUUCAUCCAGGGCUACUUGGGAGCUGUCAUAAGUGCUGUCUCAAUAGCAGUGGGCCUUAACGUUCUGAUUCAGAGAGCAAACAAGUUUACCCCGGCCACUCGUCUCCUGAUCCAGAGGUUUGUGCCGUUCCCUGCUGUCGCCAGUGCCAACAUCUGCAACGUCGUCCUGAUGAGGCACACGGAGCUGGAAGAAGGGAUUGACGUGCUGGACAACAACGGGAACAUCGUCGGCUCCUCCAGAAUUGCUGCCAAACACGCGCUGCUGGAAACAGCCCUGACCAGAGUGGUCCUGCCCAUGCCUAUACUGGUUCUACCUCCAAUUAUCAUGUCCCUACUGGAAAAAACAUCCCUGCUGAGGUCCCGUCCCCGGAUGAUUCUCCCAGUGCAAAGCCUUGUGUGCCUCGCUGCCUUCGGCCUGGCCCUCCCCCUGGCCAUCAGUCUCUUCCCGCAGAUGUCCGAGAUUGAGACGUCUCGGCUGGAGCCGGAGAUCGCGAUGGCCACCACCAGUAAGACUGUGAUCUACAAUAAAGGACUGUAAGUGGAAGAGGAUCACCUCAGCCCGGAAGAUUUGGGGAGGGGAAAAAAGGGGGAAGCUUGAGAAGCUGACUGGGAGAAAGAAAACAACAACAACAACAACAACAACAAGACAAAAUAACCGAGCUCAGCGAUAGUAACGUCUUAGUGCUCCCGGCAGAGCGGGAGUGAAUUAACACUUGCAGAGAGCUGACACCUCACACCAGUCAAAAAGAUUAAUAUUUAAAAAGUUUUAACUUAGGCAAGAGGAGCAGCAACAACAGCAACAAAAUCACGUUCAAACACUUUAGAAGUAGCUAACGAAGACUCUCAGAAUUAACAGCACUGCACGGAGGGACGUGGUCAGACCCCACUGCGUGAGCGUGGACUGCACCGAGCAAGUUUUGUUCUCCAAGUGAAUCAAGUCUCCACACUGAUGCUGCACAAAAUUAACUCCCUAGAGAAUCAGAGGGAAUGUGAAACUCUUGAUAAGGUGUUUGGGAAGCUGUCCUGCAUUGAUCUCACACUGAUCCCACCCCAGUGAUCAUGAGCUAAAGAAGAUUUCAUUCCUCCCUCCUCCUCCUGUGGAUGGUCCUGGUGGCAUCCUGCCCUUCGUCCUGUCACUGAAUCCCACCACCAGGCAUUCCACAAGGGCUUUUCCCUGGAUUUCAAGACACUGGAAAGCCACCACACCCACAUGCUGAGUGGGAAGGGGUCUCAUAGCAAAAAUCAUGAUGGAUCUGCUCUUUGCCUUUGCACAGCCAGAAAGGAUGGGGAUUGUCCCGCCUAACCUCUAAAAUUAAAAUUGUUAAUCUAAGGUAAUUGGUUAAACCAUGCUUUGCUAAGAUAGUUGUCCAAGGACAGAACAUGAUUUAAGUUUUGAUCAGCCCAAGGUGGUCAGGCAGUUGGAUUGGAUGGUCAUUACAGGUCCCUUCCUACUGGAAUUCUUUUUCUGUUUUCUGUUUUCUCUUCUCCUUCUCCUUCUCCUUCUCCUUCUUCUCCUUCUCCUUCUCCUGUCUGUCUGUCCAUCUCUUCAAUGGCUCCACUUUGGGGUGAUUAAAAGGGUGAGGGGCAAGUCAUCCCAUCACUGCACCGAGUCCUGCCCUCACAUGGGUUCGGUGCCAUAAUUUGGCUUUCUGGUAUCUUCUACCCAAAAGUAAACCCUGAGUGACUCCCUGAGGACCAGAGGGGUUCAUUUUGACCAUGGCCACCAGCAGAAGACCAUGGCGUGGAGGAAUGGGCAGGUUGUCAUCCAUCAAAUGCCAGUUUGUUGGGGUUUUUUGGGGAGGGGGGAGCAGAGGAAACCAAAUCACCACUGACACAGAAUGUACUCGAUGGAUUGAUUGCAAUGCCUGGAAUCGGGAGGCCUGAACCCCGCUGUGUGUCCUCCACCACGGGCUGCUCUCGCUCCUGGCUGGAGUCAGAUCCGUAGGAACUGGAGUCACACACGGUUGGGCCAGCUCAGGAGAACUGAUUCUGUCCCUGCACUGGUGUAAACCAGGAAUAAUUGCACAAAACAAGUCAUUGUUGUGGAUUUGCAUGCCAGCGUGAGGGGAGGACCGGACUGGGUCUGGGCUCUCCAGAUCUGCUGUUCAUGGGGCAGCUCCAGGGCCCUGACACCGAUGGAAACCCAGAGUGGAUCCAGAUCCACUGCUGGAGCUAUUCUGGAUUUACACCAGGGCAAGGCACAGCUGGAUUUGAGCCAGCAGAAUUCCCUUAAUGCACUAGAUGAGAUGAAUGUACGCUCUGGAGGACAGGAGGCCACUCCAUCUCCUCCGGGUGGGAUUUGAGAGGCUGCAGGGAGGUGGCAACUGCCCCAUGGCCAUUUUCACGAGCAUCUGUCCUGUGGGCAGCACCGUGCAGGAUCAGGCCCUGGAUUUUGGCCUGUGAGUGGAUAACUCCCUGCAGCAGUGAGAGAGGAGCCCUGGGAAGGGGAACAGGGAUGCUGGCGAUUCCCAAAGAGCAGCCUGCUGAUGGGAAUGGCAGUGGCAAGGCUUUGGAGAACCAGCUGGGAUGAGCUGUGCACCUGAAACGGGCCCUUCCCAUUGCUGCAGGGGGUCGGGAGGGGGUGAGGACCACUGUGGGGUGCUGAGGGUGCAGGUACCCCCUUGCACACACAUCCAUGUGUGUGGGAAAGAGCUACUCCGAGCCCAAAACUCCGGUUUAGGGCUCUGUGGAGCCCUGGGAAAUGGGGAGCCAAACCUCAUUGUGCUGCACCGAGGCACAACUUGCUGCCUUCCUCCUCCUGGAUGGAAAUGCAAGGCUGAGACAGAAACAGCCUCUUGUGUUGACAGGGAGAAGCCUCCUGGCUUUGGAGUCUAUCUGGGUGGAUCAUUUCCCCUUUCCCGGUGGGUUUUGUCGCUGCCUGAACCACUCUGCUGCUUGUUCAUCCCAGGCUUUUGUUUUGAGGAGGGGGAAGGAAGGAGAGAUGGAGACUGUGCAUUGCCACGAGGUUUCAGAGAGGUGGAGCGAGGAGGGAGGUGCUGAUUUGGUUUUGCAUCAUGAUCAGCAAUCAAAGAUUUGUGUGGCUGUGAGCUCCAGCCACCUGCUGGGUCUGCAGCUGGAGCGAGGAAUUUCCAGUGGGGGAAAGGAAUCAGGGCUUUGCUGUGUGUAUUUCUUCAGGAGACACUCAAGGGAAAGCAUGGACUGAGCAAGUUCUGCCGUGGGAAAGAGCCAGUUCCCAAUUUUCCCCAUGAUGGGAAGGGAGUGUGGAUGUUUUCCCUGCAUGUGCACCACCUGAGGGUCGUUAAUUAGCAGGGGGUGCUCAUCAUUUUAAUCCAGCGAUUAUCAAUGAGGACUGAAUCAGUCUUGGACUCAGGAUUUAUUAAGCCAGGCACCUCCAGUGAAUCAGGAGGGCCUGAUCCUGCCAGAGGGGGUGAGGACCAGCUUGAGGGAUGUCAGAGGAGCCGUGCUGUGAGAUUGUGGCUCGGCUCAAAGGCAGCUGCACCGUCAAACAAGUGCCAAUCAAACGGUCUAAAUGAGUCUGGAUGGAGCGUCUGCCCGCACAAACCCCGUCAAACUUGUUUCUCUUCAUGUGUCAGGAAAAUGGGUCUCAGUCAACUCGGCAGAGUUUGUGCUGAGAAAUCAACACAUCCCAGGGCCUGAGUCAGACAUUCCCCAGGGGUUACCCCUCCGAGAGCCUCGGGCAGGUUGGUGACGUUCGCUCCCACGUUUUGUUCAAAUGACACUCGAAAUGUUGUAGCCCCCCCACCCCAAAGCACUGGGGACAUGCUGCUGAUGGGAGGUCAGAGAGCCACCAGGUCCUGGGGCUCAGUUCACUUUUCUAAUCUCUGAAAGCACAGAAUGCUGGGAUCGUGGAAUGGUUUGAGUCGGAAGGGACCUUAAAACUCGUUCAGGGCAGGGACACCUUCCACUAGAGCAGGUCGCUCCACGCCCCACCUGCAGGUCUUGUGUGACGAGGUGGCACUUUAAUCAACAGUACUGAUGAGGUUGGAGACCCCAGGACUUGUCCUCGUGUCCGUGUGCGUCCCCUUCCUCUGGCCAAUCAGGAUGGUGCAGACCCCUCUGUUCUCCCCUCGCUGUCCCCAGCUUGGGGACAAGCAGGACGAGGUACUUGUAUGAGGGGCACGUUUUGGUGGCCCUGUGGUCCCAGACUCUUGGGCAACCAACAGUCCUUUGUCACCCCAGCACGGGGACACCAAGGCUAUGUUGUCCCCAGCUGGGACACUGAACUGACGUGGUUUAGAUGUCCAGGAGGUGUCGAGAUGCAAUUUUAUUCAAAAGCAGCAGAAAGGCUCAGCAGACCCAAAUCUCACCCUUGUGGAUCUUGAAAGACCAUUUCACUGGCAGGCAGCUCAGGUCUGGGCUCCCCCACGCAGAAACCCCAGCACUGGAUCAUCUUGGUUCCUGCCACGGUGAUGGGACUGCUGGUGAGCUCCGAAAAUACCACGCUCGACUCUUCCAACGGCGCUGGGGAUGAAAACCGUGGAGCUGGGAAAGCAGCAGCACAUUAGUGCUGUUUAUUAGGGACAGCAAAUUGUGCCAGGAAAGACUGCACACACAACAGCUAAUGAUAACAUUAUGCACACUCACUUAGUAGCUAAUUAAUCUCUUCGACUUUCCUAAUGUACAAAACGGAGCCUUGGGUUUGCGAGAACAACCCCAACCGUUUUGCAUCCCUGAUUUCCUGUAAUUGGGGGAGUGGAAGGAACGGGGAGCGCGGAACCCGCCGCACACAUCAAGUUGUUCACCUCGGCAGAUAAUAAUAAUAAUAAUGAGACGAUCGUCUCCUGUAGUAUUUAAUUAGAAAUGUCGCAGUUAAUUGAUUUCUUGGAUAUGUUAAUUAAGAAAUAAUGAGGACCAGGUUGCAGCAAAAAGGUGCCAGCGAGAAGUUUGGAGUCUCUCCUGGAAGACGUGUCUGUUGGCUGCUCCCCGAGCCGGCGGGGGGACAACCAGGGGACAACCCCAUGGUUGUGUCACCCCAUCCCAAACCUUGGGCACAGCUCAGCUCCCUCCGUUUUUGCUUGUUGCUCAUUUUCCUGCCCUGCAUCCCGGUGUGUGUGCCCAGCUCCUGGCAGGAUGGGCAGCAGGGCACCCCCGUGGGUGGGAUGUGGGAUAACCUGGCAGUGGCUGGAUCCUGCCACUCUGGGAAAAGCAAUGCUGGUGAAUCUCUACCAAUGCCACGUCGCCCGAGAGAUGUUGGUGUCCCCUCCUCCUUGGCUGGCUCCUCUGGGAGGGCUGGGAUGGAGAUCCAGAGCCUGGGAUUCCCUUUGGAGGAGUACAGGGAUUCCCAGAGUGCUGCGAAGAACCUUUCAGGCAAAGGUUUUUAGGGUGCAAAAGCUCACCUGGGAAGCCGGCCUGGCUCUGGGAGCACUCCCAGUGCUGGAUGCGGAGGUUUGGAGUGGUCCUGGUGGUGGGAGAUGCCCCCAGCUCCAGGCAUCUCCCCGGCUUGCUUUAGGAAACAUCCACUUUUGGCUUCCCCCAUCCCAUUUUUUACGGCUUAUUUUGCACGUGGCAUCUCAUCCCCCCGACCUGAAUGCACCUUAUAACAGCAAAUCCCUCGGGAUGGGGAGAGGGGUCACCUGCCGGCACCGGCACGUCUUCCAGCAAUCCCUCCACAGCCCCCCCCAGGGCGUGGGCACCCCUGGGCACCCCCAGGAACACCCAGAGAUCCCCCAGACACCCCCAGGAACACCCAGAGAUCCCCCGGGCCCCCACCACGCCCUCCGGCUCUUUUUAACCUUCUCGGUGGAGUCACCGACCGCCACACUUGGUGUAACACUCGGAUCUGCCUGGAAUAAAGGAAUUUGAA